AUGAUUUUAAAAUAAGAUUUUUUUUAUUUCAAGUUUUUUCUCUAAUUAAUUGUUUAUUUGUUUUUUUAAUUAGCUUUUAAAAGCUUAAUUUCAAAAAAUGAAAUCUUUUUUCAUCUUUAUUCUAACCUGUUGGUUACUUAUAUCGAUCGAUGCUAAAUAUUUGCGAAAAGAUUCACAAGCCGACAAUGAUGAUGUCUAUCAGAUUGGUUUCGGUAUUGGUGAUAUUACCGGACCAGCAGCUGAAAUUAACAUGAUGGGUUAUGCUAAAUUAGGUCAAGAUUCCAAAGGUAUUCAUUUACGAUUGUAUUCACGUGCUAUGGUCGUUGCCGAUAAAUCUGGUACCCGAGUUGCUUAUGUUAAUGUUGAUCUUUGUGGUUCAGCACAAUUAUUAAAGAUAUUGGUCGUAGAAGAAUUGCAGAAAAUCUAUGGAAAUGAUGUCUAUACACAUGAAAAUGUUAUGAUAUCGGCAACGCAUACACAUGCUGGACCUGGUGGUUAUUUCCAAUAUCUAUUGUAUAUUGUAACCACUGAAGGUUAUAUUAAAGAAUCCACCCAUGCCAUUGUAUCCGGUGUUGUUAAGUCAAUCAGAGACGCACACGAUAAUAUGGAACCUGGACGUAUGUACUAUACCGAAGGAACAUUGGUUAACGCCAGUUCAAAUCGUAGUCCAGCAUCAUAUCUUCAGAAUCCGGAAGAAGAACGUGCUCAAUACGAACAUGAUACAGAUAAAACAUUUCAAAUGUUAAAAUUCACCGAUUUAAAUGAUAAACCAAUUGGUAUGGUGAAUUGGUUUGCCGUACAUGGUGUUAGCAUGAAUAAUUCAAACAAAUUAAUCAGCAGUGAUAAUAAAGGCUAUGCAGCAAUAACAUUUGAACAAGAUUUUAAUGGAUAUACCAACAUUGGGAAAGGACCAUUUGUCGCCAUAUUUGGUCAAUCAAAUGAAGGUGAUUCAACGCCAAACAUCAUGGGUGCACGUUGUCUGGAUACCGGUAAACCAUGUGAUUUCGUACACAGCACUUGUAAUGGAAAGAACGAAUUGUGCGUUGCUUUUGGACCAGGUAAAGAUAUGUUUGAAAGUACAAAAAUUAUUGGAGAACGACAAUACUUGAAAGCAAAAGAAUUGUUUGCAAAAGCAAACGAAACAAUUAAAGGUGAUGUACAUUUUGUUUAUCAAAAUAUUGAUAUGGCCAAUAGAACUGUCACAUUGGAUGAUGGUCGUAUGGUAAAAACCUGUCCAGCUGCAUUAGGUUUUGCAUUCGCUGCUGGAACAACAGAUGGUGAAGGUGCGACUGUCUUCCAUCAAGGCACGAAAAAAGGUCAAGAGAGUAAAUUUUUCGAUUUUAUUCGUGAUUUUAUCGCACAUCCAUCGAAAGCUCUACUCGAAUGUCAUGCCCCAAAAGCCAUUUUGUUGCCAGUUGGUGAAAUGAAAUUCCCUUAUGAAUGGGCUCCAGAAUUAAUGCCCACUCAAAUGUUUGAGAUUGGAAAUUUAGUCAUUGUUGGAUUGCCAGGAGAAUUCACUACAAUGUCUGGACGUCGUAUUCGUAAAGAUAUUAAAAAAAUCUAUGCCGAUCAUGGACGAGAUGUUCACGUCAUUCUGUCUGGAUUGGCUAACACUUAUUCAAAUUACAUAGCAACACCUGAAGAAUAUCAACUUCAACGUUAUGAAGGUGGUUCCACAUUGUUUGGACCACAUACAUUGGAUGCUUAUCGACAACAAUAUCGAUAUCUGGCUAAACAAAUGCUUUCACGUGAGAAGAUUGCAUCACCUGGACCGAAAUUUCCUAAUCUAUUGAAAAAGGAAAUCACAUUGAAACCAGGAGUUGUUUUCGAUGCAGCAGUUCGACAUCAUUUUGGCGAUGCUCUUACUCAACCGAAUGAUCAAUAUCAUAUUGGUGAACGUGUCGAGGUUAAAUUUUGUGCAGCCAAUCCACGUAAUAAUUUACGCUUGGAAAAAACAUAUCUAACUGUUGAGCGAUAUGAAAAUGAUGAAUGGAUUGUGGUGGCGACAGAUGCACAUUGGGAAACAAAGUUCAUUUGGCAUCGUGAUAGCGUUCUUCUUGGUACAAGUGAUGCAACCAUUCUAUGGGAUAUUCCACUUCAUACUAAACCCGGUCUUUAUCGUAUACGAUAUUUUGGUGAUCAUAAAAAUAUUAUCGGUACCAUACAAGAAUUUGAAGGUGCAAGUCGAGAAUUCAAAGUGAUUGAAUAAAUUGCCAUUUUAAUACAUACAAUAUUCAAUAAAUUAUCAUGUGCCAAAAUAAAACCGACAAUAUCAAUUUGAUGUAACAAUUUUUAUUAUUCCACGAUACACAAAAAUAAAUAAAAUUUUUUCUUUCAAUUCUUU